AUUUAGGUGUCUGCAGCUGCCUGAAGAAAAAGCGCAAAUGUCAGCAGCAGCAGCGCCGCUUCUGCCCUUCAGUGCUAAGUUAUUCCGCACUACCACUAAGUUUCUGAGCGUCACAUUCUGCGCAUGGUUGUAGUGCUGCCGUAGGUCUCGUUGGACGCGCUGUGUUUCAAGCGUAGGCAGUGUAAACGCGGUCAUGGAGUGUCGUGUGUUAUCCAUACAGAGUCAUGUUGUCAGGGGUUACGUCGGGAACAAGUCGGCGACGUUUCCGCUGCAGGUGCUCGGCUUUGAAGUGGACUCCAUCAACUCUGUCCAAUUCUCCAAUCACACAGGCUAUGCCCACUGGAAGGGCCAAGUCCUGACAGCAGAAGAGCUCAAUGUCCUAUAUGAGGGUAUCAAGCUCAAUCAGGUGAAUCACUAUGACUACAUCCUCACAGGGUACAGCAGGGACACGUCCUUCCUGGAGAUGGUGGUUGACAUCAUUCAGGAGUUAAAGAAAGCAAAUUCCAGCCUGGUGUACGUUUGUGAUCCUGUCAUGGGAGACCACGGUGUGAUGUACGUUCCAGAGAACCUGCUGCCAGUCUACAAGGACAAAGUAGUGCCUCUGGCUGACAUUCUAACCCCCAAUCAGUUUGAAGCAGAGCUGUUAACUGGAAAGAAAAUUAACACUGAGGAAGACGCCGUUGAAGUAAUGGACUUGCUUCAUAAAAUGGGUCCAGAGACUGUGGUCCUCACUAGUACAGUACUACCCUCGAAACAUGGGGACCAGUUCUUAGUGGCUCUUGGGAGUCAAAAAAUAGUGAAGUCAGAUGGGACCACAAUCAGUCAGAAAAUCUGCAUGGACAUUCCCAAAGUGGAUGCUGUGUUUGUGGGGACAGGAGAUCUUUUUGCUGCCAUGCUACUCGCCUGGACCCACCAACACCCCAAGGACUUGAAGACUGCCUGUGAAAAGACCGUUUCAGUCAUGCACCAUGUCAUUAAGAGGACCAUAACUCAUGCCAAGGAGCUUGCUGGUCCUGGAAAAAGGCCCAGUCCUGCACAACUAGAGCUGAGAAUGGUUCAGAGCAAAGCUGACAUCGAAAAUCCUGCCCUUGUAGUGGAGGCAAAGGUUUUAAAAAAGUCUUCAGACAAAACACUGUAAUGUUCAUGUGACCAUUCACAUUGUGCUGGUACUGUACAAAUCGGUUUCAAAUCUGAGCGGCCUGCCAGCCCCAUCAGAUUUUUAAAUCAAACUGUCAAAUGUCUCUGCCUUACACAGUCUCUGAGACCUGACAACUAUAUUUUGAAGAAAUGGCAACAGUAGGAUUGUUGUACGGUAUGUAACUUAAACACACGUUACAAGCAUGGGUAUCUGCCCUAUGGCUUGUCUAGACAUUCUGUACUCUGAAGAAGGACAAGUAGAUAAUAACAAUUUUUAGGAUUAAAGAUAGCUUAAGUGUACUUGAAAUCUAAUUUAAAUGUAUGACGUGGUAUAAUAUAGCUUGUCUCAGUUUAGCUGAAUAGAAAAUGAAGAAAAGCAGUGAUGCAUGUGUGACCAUGCAUCUAAUUGUUUUAUGCACAGCUCAAUAGUCAUUAAAAGCACAUGAGCAUAUUAGUGAGGUGAAAUUAUUACUCAUAUAACUGUACUAAUAGUAUACCUACAGAAUUGAUGCCUACAAUUGUUUAAAGAAGUAUUUUACCUGUUUUUAAUUAUGCAAUUAUUUCUUAAAUUAGCAGUUGUGUAACAUGUCCUAAACAUCUCAAAUUGAGGUAUUUGCACAGAUAGCCUUUGAUAUAUAUUAAUGAUAUAUUUUUUACUGUUGUCUUAUUCUAUCUAAAGAAAAAGGUUGAUCAUGGAUGAGUUAUGCACCAAUGUAACAAUUUAUUCACACAUGUCAGAGUUAUGUUCUAUACCUUGAGCUGCUACUCUUGUACAGAGCAAUAUAAGGACUGAAAAAAUAAAUUACUAAUCAUCUGCAA